UUAAUUAUACUCGUUUUUAGACCAAUUCUUGAUUAUCUUUGUUUAUGACCUUUUAGUUCGCUGGAUUUUUACCUUUGACCUCAACCCCUUUGCUAAAUUUAAAUUUGUUUACAAAAUGGCAAAAAGCCUUUUCACAGGACCGUCUGGUAUUUAACUACCGUUAAGCACGACGGUCACACUAGUAAGAACUAUUAAAGUUAACGCGCAAAACACGUGCCGUAAUCAUGAAAAACUCGACGAAAAUAAGUAUGAGCCAAAAACUGGCCUGCUGGCAGCAAAUUCGGAGCAUGUUGGGACCGAGUUACACGUCAGAGGAGAAUUGGGAUACUCAUUUCAAGGAUUUCCUCGACAGCUGGGAAAAGCAUCCCGACGCCAUCCGAAGCCGCUCCGAUCCGAGACUACUGCUAAUACUGAAGCACUUGGAAGAUCUGGAGGAAAACCCGCAUGGACCGGUGGCCACACCAGAGUCCCCUGUUUGCUUGGAACUCACCAAUUCCACCGCCGCGUCGCGUGAACAUCCGAGUCCCAGCAAGUCCCUGGAUUCCUCUGUAAAUUCAACAGAUUGAGAUCCUGGGGAUGGAGAAAGAUAAAUAAAAUGAAAAUUAUACGUAUAAAAA